UUCUGAUCAUGUGACUGCUCGUUAACUUUCACUUGAAGCAGCCGGGUAAACACAGUGUACCUGCUCUGAUGAAGGCCUCGAUGCAGGCAUGCUUCUUUAAAUUGAUGACCCUGGGUCUGCAUACAUCACUGCUCCAGGGUGUGCAGGUCAUCUCUGGUUAAUGUGUAACGUGAGGCUUUAUUCAGGACAAGCUGGAAGUGCAGAGUCAUAGUGUUUGCUCGGUUCGGCAACUCUGGCACCAAAAGAACCAGCAUGUCUGUGCAGCUCUUUGAGGGGAAAGAUCAUGCAGCAGCUUACCUGCAGUACCGAGUAGCUCCCCAUGAAUUAAUCAGCAGGAUUAUGAGCUUCAUGGAGAAAAGGACACCCAACCAGUUCAAGCUUGCAGCAGACGUAGGCUGCGGCUCAGGCCAAGGGACGAUCCUGCUGGCUCCAUUUUUCACCAAGGUUGUCGGGACAGACAUCAGCCAGGCCCAGCUGGAGAUGGCACAGACCACAAGCAGUCCUCCAAAUGUCUCCUACAGGCAGUCUCCUGCAGAAGUGCUGCCGUUCGUUUCAGGUGAGGUGGACCUCGUGACGGCCAUGACAGCGGCUCACUGGUUCAACCGGAUGGAGUUCCUCCUGGAGGCCGACAGGGUGCUGAGGCCGGGAGGGUGCCUGGCUCUCCUGAGCUACACCAUGGACAUGGAGCUGGAGUACAAGGACCAAUCUGACAUGCUCAACAAGAUCUGUAAAGAGUUUUACGCGGCCCUGCUUCCAUUCCGAGAUCCUUACAUAGGAUCAAGCUCAAAGAAGAUCUACUUGGACAUGUUUGAGUCCUGCUCCUACACAGACAAGGAGUGGAACGAGUGUCUCCGUAUUAAAAACCCCAUGCCUCUGAGCAGCUACAUCGGCAUGGUUGAGACCUUCUCCACCUACCAGAAGCUGCUCAAAAAGGACCCCGCGGAGGCCAAACGUCUCUCUGACGACAUCAGGAACAAGUUGCUCUCUGCCAUGAAGGUGUCCUCUCCUGAAACAGAAGUGACAGUGGUUCUGAAGUAUUUCUGCUGGUUGGCGUGCAAACCAUGACCUCCAGCCUCUUUAAGGAGCAGUCAGUGGCUAAUUGUGACCAUUUGCAUCCAGUGAAUGUGUCAACAGAAAGAACUGAAAUGAUCCAGGUAGUCUGAACAAGUCUGAAUAAACUAUAAUGUUUCUCCUGCG